AUGGGAGGGAUAGACAUUGCCAUGUCCAGGGAAAUAAAACUCCUUGGUGUCACCAUAGACGACAGGCUGACUUUCAACACUCACGUGGCGAAUGUCUGCAGGAAGGCUACUGGAAUAUAUAAGCUACUCUCCAGAGCGGCGAGAGUGAGCUGGGGUCUCAACCCUGAUAUAGUUAGGAUUAUUUAUACGGCUACUAUAGAGCCGAUCAUCCUGUACGCUGCUAGCGUGUGGGCACCGGCGGCAAAGAAGCUGAUGACGAUCAAACAGCUUCAAGUGGUCCAGCGUGGGAUAGCGCAGAAAAUCUGUAAGGGCUAUCGCACGGUCUCCCUGAACUCGGCGCUGCUACUGGCUGGGAUACUUCCCCUUGAUCUCAGAGUGCGUGAGGCGGCCUCACUGUACGAGGCCAAGAGGGGAGUGCCCCGGCUGGAGCUGGGGGACAGGGAGAUCGAGCGGGUGGCCCCGGCCAUUGAGGCGCCGCACCCCGCUGAGCGUAUCAGCCUGAGGCUCGUGAGCCUGGUAGAUCGGGAACAGCUCAACCAAAACAGUGAUUUUGAAAUUCGUAUAUUUACUGACGGGAGCAGGAUUGAGGGCAAAGUCGGUGCUGCCUUGUCUGUGUGGAACAGCGAGACCGAAAUAAAAGCCUUCAAGCUUGCUCUCCCAGGGUAUUGCACCGUCUACCAGGCUGAACUUCUGGCUAUAUGCAAGGCCACACAUGUAAUUUUCGGACACCCAGCGUCUUCUUUUGGAGUCUACAGUGAUUCAAUGGCAGCUCUACAAACGGUCAUAAAUCAUAGUUGCCUCCAUCCCCUUGCAGUAGAGAGCAGAGAUAAAUUAACAACAGCAUCUCUCCAGGGUAAGGUUGUUACCUUAUUCUGGAUUAAGGCUCAUGCAGGGAUGGAGGGUAACGAAAGAGCUGACCAGCUUGCCAAAAGUGCCGCUUUGGGCUCCAAAAGAAGACCUGAUUACGAUCUGUACCCGGUCUCAUUCGCCAAGCGAAGCAUUCGACUUGCGACGCUUGACGAAUGGAAUCGCAGAUAUCGAACUGGAGAAACCGCGUCGGUCACAAAGAUAUUCUUCCCGGAUGCUGUGACGGCGUACCGGAUGAUACGCAAAAUAAAAAUCGAUGGUAUAAUUACGCAAAUUAUGACAGGGCACGGUGGGUUCUCGGAGUACUUGAAUCGCUUUAAGUGCAAAGAGAGCCCAUCGUGCGCAUGCGAGCCAGGAACAGAGGAAUCCGUCCCACACAUCCUUUUCGACUGCCCAAUAUCUGCAAUGCAAAGGUUUGAAUUAGGAAAUAAAAUAAAUCAAAACAUUGUAGGGGAAAAUGUACCAAACAUCUUAAACAGUAAAGAAAGAGACACGUUUUUAAAAUUCUGUAUCGAAAUCGCUCAAAAUGUUAUAAACAGAAACAAAACAGCGUAG